GUGUUUUUCCUCAGAUUCGUUUUCAGCACAGGUGGACUCCAUCCUGAGGGGGGACUACUUCACCCCCAUGGGGGCCGUGGGGCCCAAGAGGCUCUGCCAGGUGUGCGGUGACUUUGCCUCAGGGUAUCACUACGGCGUGGCGUCCUGCGAGGCCUGCAAGGCGUUCUUCAAGAGGACCAUACAAGGGGACAUCGAGUACAGCUGUCCGCUGGUGAGCGAGUGUGAGAUCAUCAAGCGGAGGAGGAAAGCCUGUCAGGCCUGUCGCUUCCACAAAUGUCUCCAGGCCGGGAUGAUGAGGGAGGGAGUCCGUAUGGACCGAGUGAGAGGAGGCCGACAGAAGUACAAGAGGCGUGUGGAGACAGGACUGUGUUUUUACAGUAAAGCUCCGUACAGUCACCCAGUGAGCAGCAGAAACAAGGUGGUUUCUCAUUUGCUGCUGACAGAGCCCGCCCCACUGGCUGCCAAUCAGGACGAUUCGACCAAUGAGGGCAGCCUGCAGAACCUCAUGACCCUCUGUGACCUCCUGAACCGGGAGCUGCUGGUUCUGAUUGGCUGGGCCAAACAGAUCCCAG